AUGCCAUUUGUAUGUGAUUGUAGAGCUUAUUUUUGUUUAGUCUUUGAGUUGCGCUCGUGCUCGCUUCUUUGCUUUCUUUGUAAAGGGCUGAUUGGCUCAACUGUUUUCACUCAGCUUUUGACUCUUGCGACUCGCCAAAGGUCCUCGCAGGCAGCCCCAUUGCCCACAAACGUUGCCCCGCUUGGGCUUUACAACCUCGGAAAGACGUGCUUCCUUAAUUGUAUUUUGCAGGUUUCUUUUCUAAACAAUCCGUGCCUUCAAAGAUUUUUUUUGUCUUCUGGACAUGCCUCCCAUGAAUUUUCAUUGAAAAAUGAAGCAAAGGUGCUUGAUUUGUGGACAAAUAUUUCCACAUUGACUGAGGAGAUUCAAUCGGAGUGCAUUGCCUGUUUAUUUGAUCUGCUUUUCCAAUCGUAUGCCAUUAACAGUGCCAGUUUAAGGCCUUCUUCUUCUUCCUCUUCUCCAAAACAGCCUGCCAUAAUAACAUCUCCAAUGGCGGUCCCAAUAUCGCCCACUUCUCUUCUUUGCUCUUUGUGGAACCUGACAGCCACAUGCUCUUCGUCCAUUUCUGCCGACAUAUAUGACGUACACCCUGGUCCGGACCUGACAGGCUACUUGCAACAAGAUGCCCAUGAGGCCUAUAUCUGUUUGCUAUCGCGGCUGCACUCUGCACUGUCUGUAAGAAACAAUUUUGUAAAAAAUGAUCCAUGCUCAUGCAUAAUCCAUGAUGUGUUUGGAGGAAAGCUAGCAUCCACCAUCUCAUGCCCCGCAUGUGGAUACUCCUCAACAACAUAUGACUCUUUUUUGGAUUUAUCUUUGGCCAUCUCUAUCCCCAGCUUAGGACCGCUAAGCCUAAUCAAGUCAAUUGAACACUUUUUAUCUCCAGAACACAUUGAUGAUUCUUGUCCAAACUACUCGCUCGGAAAGUGUUCUGGAUCCCCUAAAUUGGGGAGUGGAGGUCUUUUGAAAAGCUUCAAGCUCACCAAACUACCACAAACGCUUUGUCUGCAUUUAAAGCGAUUUGAGCACUCCAAAGAUAGUGCCAGAAAGAUCGAUACGCUCAUCAACUUUCCGUUACAAAUUGAUAUGAGGUCGUUUAUUGAUGAGCCAAUGGCCAAAAUAUACUAUGAAUAUUCACUCUUGGGUGUUAUUCUUCACUCUGGAAGCAUCAACUCCGGCCAUUAUACUUCUUUUGUUAGAGUUGGGGAGACAUGGUUCAAGGCUGAUGAUUCCUCCAUUACCCAGGUGAGUGUAGAAAGCAUUCACUCUUCAAACCCAUAUAUUCUCUUCUAUAUUCAACGUGCUCAUGACACAAGCGGGUAG